AUGUUGGUCUGGAAUAACAGUGAUGUUAAAGAGCCCAUAUUUCUCCUGAAGGGAUUUCCUGGACUGGAAUAUGUCCAUUCCUGGCUGUCAGUCCCAUUUUGCUUUGCGUACUUGGUUGCAUUCAUUGGAAAUGUAACCAUCCUGUCUGUCAUUUGGAUAGAGUCCUCCCUCCAUCAGCCCAUGUAUUACUUCUUGUCCAUCUUGGCUCUGACUGACCUGGGUAUGUCCAUGUCCACACUUCCCACCGUGCUCACUAUACUAUGGUUGGACGCUCGGGAGAUCCAUGCGAGUGCUUGCUAUACUCAGCUGUUCUUCAUCCACACGUUCACAUUCCUGGAGUCCUCAGUGCUUCUGGCCAUGGCCUUUGACCGUUUUGUUGCGAUCUGCCGCCCACUGCACUAUUCCAACAUCCUCACCAACAGCGUCAUUGGCAAGAUUGGUUUGGCCUGCUUGCUGCGAAGCAUGGGAGUUGUACUGCCCACACCCCUGCUGCUGAGACGCUAUCACUACUGCCAUGCCAACACCCUCUCCCAUGCUUUCUGCCUGCACCAAGAUGUGUUGAGAUUAUCCUGUUCAAGCGCAAGGGUCAACAGCGUGUAUGGACUGUGCGUAGUCAUCGCCACCCUGGGGGUGGAUUCAGUCCUCAUUCUUCUCUCCUACGCUCUGAUUCUGAGCGCUGUGCUGGGAAUUGCUUCCCCUGAUGAGCGGAUGAAGGCACUCAACACCUGCGUCUCCCACAUCUGUGUGGUUCUCAUCUUCUUUGUGCCUGUUAUUGGGGUGUCAAUGGUCCAUCGCUUUGGGAAGCAUCUUUCUCCCAUUGUCCACAUCCUCAUGGCUGACAUCUACCUGCUUCUUCCCCCAGUGCUUAACCCUGUUGUCUACAGCGUCAGGACAAAACAGAUUCGUAUAGGAAUCCUGCGUGCAUUUAGACUAAGGAGGAGGCUUUAA